AAAGGGAAAAAAAGAAGAAGCAAUUUAACAAGUCUACAGUGGAGACAGAAUAGAGACAUAGAUUUUCCUCUUUCGUCCUCCCUCCUCGCUAGUCGUUGAAAUGGCUCUCGAAUCUCAAAAUCUCUAAUUCUAUCUCAACUGCUCGCCGUCGCCGGAAUCCACCGCCAUGGAAUCGAGCAUACUCGAGACGAUCGGCGUGGAGAUCAUUGGCGUCAUGUCUCCGGUUUCAAUCUGUAUGCUUCUCGUCGUUUUAUUGGUCUAUUCCCUCUCCUCUGCCGACCCUCUCGCCUCCGCCCCGAUUCGCACCGCCGCGAAUCUCGUCUACCUUGAGACCCCUUCUGAUUCCGCCAGCCAGAAGCUCGAAGGUGCUCUUCUCAAUGCCUUGGUCUUCGUCGUUCUCAUCGCCCUUGUUACUUUUCUUCUCCUUCUUCUUUAUUACUACAACUUUACCAAUUUCUUGAAGAAUUACAUGCGUUUUUCUGCGUUUUUCGUCCUUGGUUCCAUGGGAGGCUCCAUCUUCUUGUCUAUUAUCCAGCAUUUUUCUAUACCGGUUGAUUCCAUUACUUGCUUGAUUUUAUUGUUCAACUUUACGGUGGUGGGUGUGCUGGCGGUGUUCUCAGGAGGAAUCCCUAUUAUCAUGAGGCAAUCCUAUAUGGUGUUUUUGGGGAUAAUUGUGGCUGCUUGGUUCACGAAGCUACCUGAGUGGACUACUUGGAGUUUGCUUGUAGCCUUGGCUCUUUAUGAUUUGGUGGCUGUUCUAGCUCCUGGUGGACCUCUUAAGCUGUUGGUAGAGUUGGCCUCGAGCAGGGACGAAGAGCUUCCAGCUCUGGUUUAUGAGGCUCGGCCUACAGUGUCAAGGGGUCCGGAGAAUCGAGGGGGAUUGGGACUUUUGGUUGCUGGGGUCUCAGAUUCUGGUUCAAUAGAGCUUCAGGCACAUUCAGAUAACAAUUUCAACCGUAAUGGGGAUGAAAACCUUCAUAAUUCUGAUCGCCGUGCUGCUGGCAAUCAUAAUUUUCGGGGGGAGGAGGUUGAAAGAAAUGUAGAUGAAGGGGAAAGGUCGCCAUUAGUAAGUUACAGUCGAGAAAGAAACUCAUCAGAUAGUGGAUCAUCUGGUUAUUCAACCGGAGUUCUUACUCCAGAAAUGCGACGUCACUAUGGCAACAGAGAAACUGAAAUCCAUAUAGAUGGGGAAUUGUCUCCUCUGGUUCAACUGCCAAGUUUUCAAACCCAGAUAGAAAUGGAAAGGGUCGCCCAAACUGAGGUUACAAGUAGAGGUAUUAGGCUUGGUCUUGGGGACUUUGUGUUCUACAGUGUCCUCGUGGGUAGAGCUGCAAUGUAUGAUCUUAUGACAGUUUAUGCUUGUUAUCUCGCUAUCAUCUCUGGACUUGGAUGCACUCUCAUUUUGUUAUCAGUUUGUCAUCGAGCUCUGCCUGCACUACCCAUAUCUAUCGCUUUGGGUGUCAUGUUUUACUUCUUGACUCGGUUAGUUAUGGAGCCGUUUGUUGUUGGGACUGCCACAAAUUUAAUGAUGUUCUGAUUCUACUUCUUUUGCUCAGAGUUUAGAUCCCAUUCUAGAGAAAGAUGAUGAUUUCAAGGCACUGAAUUUACUGACAGUGAAAACGGAUAUAUUCAUAUAGGUGUUCCUUUUCUCCUUGUGCACCUGUAAAUGUUUUGAUGGUAGUUUUUAAGCUCAGGAAUGCUUAUAGAUCACCAUAUCUAAACUGUUCAGAGAAACUAUUAUAUGUCGAUUGUCAUCAUAGUGAUUUCUGAAGUUCUCAGUUAGAUUUCAAUUACUCUUUCUUCGGCACUUCUAUUCUUUGUACAUUUGUGUUUAGUUCUCUGUUCAUUCAAAAUUAAGAGUCUGAGAUGCUGCUUAAUCUCAAAUUCAUAUACUAGUUUUAUGUUUGACUGAACAAUAAGGGGAAGAAUAGAAAUUAGAGAAUAAUGGGAUCAGUCUUUUGAAA